UUUUAAUUUCUCCUCAUCAUCCUCAUUAGUGUUCUUUGGUGCUAUUAUUCAACUGCAGCUCACUGAGAAGAAGCAUAAGCAGAGGUGACAACAAAUUAAUUUAGAACCUCUUUUUCUCUCUCUCGAGCUCUUCCUCUCUCGAUCUCUUUUCCUCUUCAACACUAAAAUGAGGCAUAGACCAAGAAAGCAAGGAGAGUCGAAGGUCUUCUGGCCGAAGAUUGUUCUCAAGAAAUGGCUCAACAUCAGCACCAGGGAUUCUGAUUUCAGCACCGAUGAUGGAGACAACGAGAGCGAAUUCGGCGAAGAAGAGAACUGUAAUUGCGCGCCUGAUAAGGAGAGAAGGGUUGGGGGGCUUCAAGCCGAGACCGCAGGUGAACCUUUGGAGAGCACUAAUUCUUACAAGUUGCGAAGAAGGAACUCUGAGACGCUUCGUGCACAAUACAUCAACACAAAAGAACUCAAGAUCUGCGUAGGUACCUGGAAUGCUGGAGGGAGACUUCCACCAGAUAACCUGGACAUCACUGAGUGGCUAGAGAUGGAGGAUCCUGCCGAUAUUUACGUGCUCGGGCUUCAGGAGAUUGUUCCCUUAAAUGCCGGAAACAUCUUUGGCGCCGAGGACGGCCGCCCAGUCCCAAAAUGGGAAUGUCUUAUCCGCGAGACUCUGAAUAGAGUUCAGCCAUCAAAACCAAAGUACAAAUGCUAUAGUGAUCCUCCUUCACCGUCGAGGUUCAAUCCAUCAUCAGAAGCGGCUUUUACUGUCGAAGAAUUACUUCCCGAAACCGAUAGUGAUGCCGAGAUUGAUGAGAAGGCCCUCAGUUUUCCCGACAGCGAAGAAUACACGGCUUCAACAGACAGUUCGAACUGCGAUGUAACUUCUAGCUGCAGUUCUAGUACUGAUGUUAGCUCACAGGAGGAGCUUGACCAUCAAAAGCACUUUUCUGUGAAGAGAUUAAAUAGGUUGGACCAUUUUCUAUUGAGCAACAAAAGUGGUAUCUUAGAAAAAGCAACUGCCCCACAAAAGAAGCUGAUGAUCAAAACAUUAAGCAGCUCGGAGAGAGUUGGUUUGGUUUGGCCAGAACAAUCAUUAGAUGUCUUAGCUAAAUGUGCUCUGAGCAAUUCAAAUUCCUUCAAAUCGGUGAAGUCCUUCAGAAAUUAUAGCUCAUUCAAGCUACGGCGAGAUGAAUACAAGGAAUCGGCAAAUAGUGAAUUGGUUCCUGAUCUUGAUCUAGACUUGUUUAAACAGAAAAAGAAGAGGUCGCCUUUUGUGAGGAUAAUUAGCAAGCAAAUGGUUGGGAUUUUCCUUUCAAUAUGGGUUCGACGAAGCCUCAGGAGGCAUAUUCAGAACUUGAAAGUGUCUACAGUUGGAGUCGGCGUAAUGGGUUAUAUCGGAAACAAGGGUUCAAUAUCAGUCAGCAUGUCUAUAUAUCAGACACUGUUUUGCAUUGUAUGUAGCCACCUGUCGUCAGGUGAAAAAGUUGGAGACGAGCUUCGAAGAAACGCAGAUGUACGAGAAAUUCACCGUAGGACACAAUUUAGUGCGGUUGCCAAUGACGGAUUGCCAAAAACUAUCCACAACCACGAAAGAAUUUUCUGGCUUGGAGAUCUAAAUUACCGCAUUGAUUUAUCAUAUGAGAAAACUCAUGAGCUCAUCUCCAAAAGCAAUUGGUCUCAGCUCGCUGAGAACGAUCAGCUAAAACAUGAGUUGAAAAAGGGAAGGGCUUUCGAUGGAUGGUCUGAAGGUGUUAUAAACUUCCCUCCUACCUAUAAAUAUGAGUUCAAUUCAGAAAGAUACACUGGAGAUGAUCCAAAGGGUGGAAGAAGAUCUCCAGCAUGGUGUGACCGUAUCCUAUCAUAUGGAAAGGGCAUGAAACUGCUGAAGUACAGAAGGUCUGAGCUGACGCUGUCUGAUCAUCGACCUGUGACGGCGGUUUACUCGGCGGAGGUUGAAGUGUUCUGCCAUAGGAAGCUUCAGAAGGCUCUCACAUUAACAAACGCAGAGAUAGAAGACGAAGAAAUAAUGUCAGAUUUCGAUUUCGAAGUUGGAAUGGGCAAUGUCAGGCCAGGAGAGGACACAAACGCAUGGGGGCGUUAGAAACCUGGUACUGCUCUACCUGCUUGAUUUGAUUGAUCAUUACAAGAUAACACGGAAUAAUCGAGCAGCUCCUGUGCACUAUAAUUGUACAUUUUGUAAUAUUUCAAUGCCAUAAAAACAAUUUGUCAGAGUGGCUUUACAAAUAUUUUGCACUAGCAUGCUACUUGAAGUUCUUAAUUCGAAGGAUUUUUUAGCAGUUAA